AUGGCGGCUCCUCAGUCUCGCCAGUGGGGAAUCACUCCGCCCCUGUCGUCAGCGCUUCCCACGCCCUCCGAGCUUGCAGAGAACGAUGCGUUGAUAGCGGAGUUAAAGCUACAGAAUAACUUCGAGGCGCCAUCCGAGACGGAAAAGCGGAAGCAAACGCUACAUCUUCUGCAGCGUGUGACCAUCGAGUUUAUCAAGGUCGUAUCCAAAGAAAAGGGUCUUUCACAAGCAGCUAUCGAUGUAUCUGGCGGUAAAAUAUUCACAUAUGGGAGUUACAGGCUUGGUGUAUAUGGUCCAGCUGUCAUGAAUGGGGAUAUUUCGCUAAUGUACUCCUUGCGUCAAUUUGCAGGUUCCGAUAUCGAUACAUUGGUAGUUGCGCCGAAGCACGUUAUGAGAGAAGAUUUCUUUGCACAUUUUCCAACAGUACUUGAGAAAUUUGCGCCUAAGGAUGCGAUAGAGAAAAUGACGCCGGUGCCGGACGCAUUUGUUCCCAUCAUAAAAAUCGAGAUUUCUGGGAUCAGCAUUGACCUGAUUUUUGCACGGCUUAUCGUUCCUUCGGUUCCUCCCAAUCUCGACUUGAAAAAUAAAGAUCUGUUGCGCGGGCUGGAUGAGAGGGAGAUAAGAUGUGUGAACGGCACUCGAGUAACUGAUGAGAUAUUAGAACUUGUUCCCCAACAGAAGACUUUCCGGCUUGCACUGCGAGCUAUAAAACUUUGGGCUCAGCGUCGAGCUAUUUACUCGAAUAUUGUUGGCUUCCCUGGCGGCGUUGCAUGGGCUAUGUUAGUUGCAAGAGUGUGUCAGCUAUAUCCUCAGGCUACUGGCUCUGUCAUUGUUGGCAAAUUUUUCAGAAUCAUGAAUCAGUGGAGCUGGCCACAACCGGUAUUAUUGAAACACAUCGAAGAUGGCCCGCUCCAUAUGAAAGUGUGGAAUCCAAAGAUAUACCAUGGUGACAGAUUCCACCUCAUGCCCAUAAUCACGCCAGCAUACCCAUCCAUGUGCGCCACACACAACAUCUCCAUGUCCACAAAGGCUGUCAUACUUAGAGAGCUCAGGCGCGGAGGAGACAUGGUUGACAAUAUUUUUGUUGGGCAGCGUCGGUGGAGUGAUCUCUUUGCUCGACACAGCUUCUUCUCUGGGGACUAUAAAUACUACCUCAGCAUCAACUCCACCAGCACGACAAAAGAGGCGCAAGCUAUAUGGUCCGGUUUAGUUGAAUCGAAGCUCCGACAUCUGGUCGGAGCCCUUGACCGCAAAUCGUCCAUAGAAAUUGCGCACCCAUUCCCUAAGGGUUUCGAGAGGGUCCAUAUCUGCAAAACUGAUGAAGAAGUCGAGGCAGUGAAAGCUGGCUCCAUGAAAUAUCAAGCAAAUGACACCAAAACGGCCACCACUGAUGAAACGAACGACCCUACUCAUAUAGCAGCCGCUGAGAAUGCAAAUGAGAAUGUGGCGAUAGCAGAGGCGGUAAAACCGCCUGAAGAGAAUAAAUAUACCCUUUACACCACCACCUACUAUAUUGGGCUGGAGCUAAAGCCAUUAGCACCGGAUAUAUCAAGCGACACCCACAUGUUCAAGAAUACAUGCACAUCGUGGGCGCAAUACCAACCCGGAAUUAAUGACUUGAAUAUCUCUCAUGUUCGCAAUUAUGAUCUCCCCGAUGACGUUUUCCAGGCCGGAGAAGUUCGACCUACGCGCCCGAAGAAAAAGGUUAUUAAGAAAGUGGAACAAACCGUUGCGCAGAAGCGAAAUAUCGAUGCAGUAGACCCGCGGGACAACAAACCCUAG